AUGAUGUUGCCGAAUCUUGUCAAUGACUCAAGCUCAGUUAUAGAGUUUAUGUGUUUGAAUCUUUCACAAGCAUCUAACCUUUCCACUGUGCCAUUUAAUAUCGAGAAGCAGGAGAUCAAACAUAACCGGAAAACAUGGUAUUGCAGCACUGCCAUCCAGAUGCAAUCUACAGAUAUCGAAAAAGAUACUUUGCUCAAUCAUGCGACCCGCUACCUCCAUGCUACAAAUGACAAUCCACUCCAAUGCCACUCCAAUGCAGCCGACGGAUCCGGGGCAUAUGUAUACGUGCUUGAUUCAGGCAUAGAUUUCUCACAUGCUGAAUUCUCUGGCAGAGCUUUUCACGGAGCAAACUUCGUCCCAGGGUCACCAGAUUACGACGAACUGGGCCAUGGCACCCAGGUUGCAGGAAUUAUCGGGAGGGACUACGCGUGGUGUGGCCGAAGAUUGCACCAUGAUUUUGGUCAAGAUCGUCAAUCUCUAAGAGGGGAAAACAUUACUGUUAUUAACACUGCCGUAAAGAAAGCUACCAAUGCUGGCAUUGCAGUGGUUGUUUCAGCAGGUAACAGCGGGGUUUCCGCUGUUAUCUACUGCCCUGCCUCGGCCAUCACCGCCAUCACAGUCGCUGCGGAUAGCCCCAAUAACCGCCGCGCUCCCUUUUCCAACUACGGGCCCUGCGUUAAGAUAUUCGCUCCAGGUGUCGGAAUUACUAGUACCUCGAUCUCGGUUAGAGAGGACUUGAGAGGCUACAGGGCCGUGAGGAAGCGAGUUCUAUACGCCGCGAGUUUGAACUGA